UUUUUUUUCUGGUUCUCUCUUCUCUUUUUGUGUAUUUUAUUCAAAAGCCAAUUCCCAAUUUCCCACCAAAGCUCUUUUGGCGCAAUCCGGAGAGUCUCACUGACGACGACGUCAUGUCGUCACCAUCCGGCGAGUCUACGAACGGCUCUCGUUGCUGCUCAUCAUGCAUCAACGGUGACAACGAUGGAACCCCCGGCGACGAUUUCGGUAAAUCGGAUGAGUUUACAUGCAUUCACUGCAAAAGUUCCGAUCGAUUCGAUCUCUCUUCUUCGUCCUGUUACUCUGAAUCGGAAUCGAAAUCGGUGGACGAUUCGGAGAAGCUUCGAAGAAUCAUCGUCGCUUCCGUCAAAGGAUUCACUAUAGGUACUGGUUUAAAAGGUGGAUUAGCUAUUUUCUCAAUCGUAGCUCGUUUCGCUCGCCGUCGUAGGUCUUCUUCUCAAUCCAGGAAAAUCGGGGAGUUUUCGAAUAGUGAAGCGAUUGCUCUGGGGAUUAAGGAGACGUUGAGAUACGGAUUGUUUUUGGGAACUUUUGCUGGGACUUUUGUUACAGUUGAUGAAGCUAUUGCUGCUUUAGUAGGAGACAAGAGAACUGCAAAGUGGAGGGCCCUGUUUGCUGGAUUGGUGGCUGGACCAUCUAUGCUUCUCACAGGGCCAAAUACUCAACAUACGAGUUUGGCUGUUUAUAUAUUGAUGCGUGCUGCGGUCCUUGCGUCGCGCUGUGGCAUUAAAAGUAAACGGUUCGGGAAGAUAUGCAAGCCGCUUACUUGGAAACAUGGGGACUUGUUUCUCAUGUGUCUCUCUUCCUCACAGAUUUUGUCUGCUUACAUUUUGAAACAAGAAAACCUUCCUUCAUCGUACAAGUCUUUUCUUAAUAAACAUGGUGGGAAGGAUCUUUCUAUCUUACAAGGUGUAAAAGAUAUCGCCAGCGCUCAACCAUUCACCAAUUUAAGGGCAAUUGAGAAAUAUUACAAGUCUGUUGGAGUUGAUAUCAAACUGGAUCCUAACAUGAAAGUCCCAUGUUCGAAUGAACCAAAAUAG